AUGCGCCUCAUCUCGAGCCUGACCACACUGAGCCUCAUCUCCCGUGGCGUAAUCCUCAUCUCCUCAAUCAUAACAAUCGGCAUCAACGCAAAGCUCCUCACAAACACAACAUGGGCCAACGACCUGCUCAUCUACACCAUUGUUAUCUCAUCGCUCAGCGUCCUUGCGUGCCUUGUCCCACCCCGUCCGAACUUUCUGUACGAUGCGUUCUGGGCCCUGGCGACUGCGCUGUGUCCGGGUUUUGCACUCUCCAUUCAGUUUACCGACUCGCCCUGCUAUGGAUUUCGACCGGCUGACCAGAGUAAAGUGAGUUGCGCUACGUAUAAAGCCGGGACGGCGUUUGUGUUUUUGAUGGCGUUGGGGUGGGGGUGUAGUGCGUUUUUGGGCCUACUUCAGAUCAUGGGCGUUGUCUUCAACGUAGGAAAGAAUGCUAGACAGUCCGUGGCCGUCGAGUCGAAUCAAGAACCCAUGCAAGUUCCGCCGAAGGGCGAGGGAGAAGUUCGUAAGAAGAAUGAAAGCGCAGUACAGCCGGUAGAGAAGCAAAAGCAGGUGAGCGAGAAGAAGCAGAGAUCAAAAAUAAAUAUCAUCUACGCCAUCCCAGCAUUCGCAACCUACCUCCUCAACAAGAUCCCAGUCCCACCUUUACAGCUCUCCCUGAUGGCUCCCACAAACAACAGCAUCCAAUUCUCCGCAUUCACCGAGAUCAGAGUCCCCGAAGGCCUGAAAAUCCAACUCGACUCGACGCACGUAGAGGUUUUUCGUCCUCGGCCCGACACUGACGACCAGGUCCCACCUGCACUUGCACGAGUUGAGCUUCCAAAGCAGAGGUUCAAAGGCAAGCAAAGAGUGACUUUCACGAACCAGACAAUGCAGCUCGGAGACGUAGAUGAGUUCGCGAGGUUAAUCGAGGACGCCGCCUACAAUCCGAUGAUGAGAGUUGCGAUGCGUGCAAAGACCAAAGCUCGCAUGGCCGGGUUGAAAAGCAGCCUUGAUAUCGUGAAGGAGGUGGCAUUCCCUGGCUUCAACAACUUCCAAGCUCUCCAGGUCCGCAAUUUCAGCAUCGGAGAACGCGACGAGCAGGGGAAUAACAUCUACGUCGAGCUCGUCAUUGCCAAUCCCACCCCGGCGAGCAUGACACUGGGCGACGUAACCCUCUCCAUCCUCGCCGCAAACAACAUCAUCGGCUCCGCAACAACGAGCAUCAACAACCUCACGCCUGGAAGCAACAGCCUGCGCAUCCGCGCCGCUCUCAACGGCACCGCGCUGGAGCGUGACAUUGGCGAUAUCGUCAAGGAGCAGAUACCGUACUUGCGAGAGGGGAAUAUCAAGCUUACUGCGUCUGGGCAGUCGGUCGUCUAUGAGGAUCAGCAUCUGGAGUACUGGGAGAGAGCGUUCCAGGCUAUUAGGAUUAGCGUCACGAAGCCGGUGUGGGAACUUGUGGAGAUGGCGCUUAGUAGCCUUAACGGUAACGAGGAGGAUGGAGGCCGUGGGCUUGAGAUCCCGGGGGUUGGGCAGGGUGGUAGAAGGGCUGUUGAGGGGUUGGUGGACAGGAUUCUGGGUGACGCGAGCAAUGUACGUGAGGAUCAGGAGGAUGGCUUUGCAGAGGAGCUAGGGGUGAAGGUGCUUGGAUUGCUGGGUGCUUUGGGUAUUGUGUAA